AUGGCUUUUCAUAUAUUGCAUACACUAAAACACGGCGCUGAUUUACCUCCAGAAGUCGUUAACUAUAUGUAUGCUUCAGGAGCGUUUAUAAUUCUCAAAGACUUUCCUGAAGGUCACGAAUUCGGUAUCGACUACAAAUCUUGGACGGUUGGUCCUAAGUUUAUGGGUUUAAAAAUGAUACCAGCAGGAGUUCACUUUGUAUAUUGUAGUGUUAAAGGAGCUCCAAGAAUAGGUAAGUCUUCAAUUCCUUUGUUGAAUGCUAAUCACAAAAUUUUUGGUCUACUGUUUUACUUCUUCCUUCCUGUCUUGCUCUUUGAUACAAACUUUGAUUGUUUAUUAAGGUUAAAUCCAUUAAAAGGUAAAAUAUCAGCACAGGCUGAACUUGUAAGCAUGGAGACUUGCUUGAUGGAGAAUGAGGAGUUCUGGAUUUUGAAACUUCUUCAACUGAACUCUAUUCGUUCAAUACCAAGGUCCAAAAUAUUGCAGGUUUUCGAAGGCUUUGAACAAUGGAAGCGUUUCAUUCACCUUUUAUGUUGCUGCCCUUCCGCUCUUGGUCCCCGAUCCGAC